CGCGUCUUCUUUUCCGUUUCGGAUGCAAAACCUCUAAAUCUCUGUGGUGUCAACGCGCUAUCGCUGUGUCGCUUCACAGAUACGCCUGAGUCUCUUCUUCACCUUCAACACCACUCUUCCUCUUUGAUUCAGAAAGCCUGUUUAUCUAACCAUCUCCGCGCACGCGAACUUGCGUCAUCAUGAACAGGAAUACGUGCACAGCCGUUCACGUGCCAUCGCACAUGGAAUGCCAGGUGUGCUUCGACUCCUGGACGAGCCCGACGCAGCUGCUGAAGUGCGGGCACAUCUUCUGCGAAAACUGCGUGUCGCCAUCGACGACGCGCUGCAGCAUUUGCCAUGCCACCGUGACCGGCUUCACCAAGCCAAGUGCGUCCAUCAUGGAGGCAUCAAUGAAUAUCCCCGUGCUGUGCUCUAGUUGCGGUUGGCGUGGCACCCGCAAGGCAUCACUGGUUCACCGCUGCGAUCCUGGUCAGACCCACAGUCCGUACAUGACUCAGCCUCCUAUGACGAAUGAGGAAUGGGUAGCGUUUGCUCUCCAGGGCCGCGACGCAAACGGGAAGCUCAUCGUCACCGAGGUGGCGCACCGUGUGGCGCUGACCUCGACUGAGAGCAUUUCUACCGAUGCGGUGCGCGGCAUUCCAAUGUAG